AUGGAUUACCAGUCUGGAGGUCGUGGAUGCUUCAAUUGCGGCGAUGCGUCACAUCAGGCGCGUGACUGUCCGAAGAAGGGAACUCCAACAUGCUACAACUGCGGUGGACAAGGGCACGUUAGUCGCGAGUGCACUGUAGCCCCUAAGGAAAAGUCUUGCUACCGUUGCGGUGCCACUGGGCAUAUCUCCCGUGAAUGCCCUCAGGCAGGCGAUAGUUACACUGGUGGUCAAGAAUGCUAUAAGUGUGGUCAAGUCGGUCACAUUGCCCGCAACUGCUCUCAGGGCGGUGGCUUCGGUAAUGGAUACGGCGGCUAUGGCGGACGCCAGCAGACCUGUUAUUCCUGCGGCGGCUUCGGUCAUAUGGCUCGUGAUUGCACCCAGGGUCAAAAAUGCUACAACUGUGGAGAGGUUGGGCAUGUCUCCCGCGACUGUCCUACGGAGGCGAAGGGUGAGCGGGUUUGCUACAAGUGCAAGCAGCCAGGCCACGUUCAGGCUGCCUGUCCCAAUUAG